AUGGCCACCCUCAUAACCAACCCUCAAAACCAAACCCAACCCUCCACCACCAAUACCACCACCACCACGAACUACCACACCCCGCUCGACCACCACCACGUCGCCGCCAUCACCGUCCCUUUCCCAGCCCAAGGCCACCUCAACCAACUCCUCCAACUCUCAUGCCUCGUCUCCUCCUACGGCAUCCCCGUCUACUACGUCGCCCCACCCGUCUUUUCCCGCCAAGCCCGUUCCCGAGCCAACGGCCUUAACCCCCUGGACCUCCAAAAAAUCCACUUCCACGACAUCCCUACUCCACACUUCGACUCCCCACCACCCAACCCCGACUCGCCCUACAAGUUCCCCACCCAACUCCAACCUGCUUGGUACGCCUCGCUAACUCUUCGCGAACCCUUCUCCGCCUUCUUGCUCAACUUGUGCAAAAAGUUCACACGCGUUGUCGUAAUCCACGACCCCAUGAUGGCUUUCGUCGUCCAAGACGUCGACUCGGUCCCCAACGCUGAGUCGUAUGUUUUCAAUUGCAUAAGCGCGGCCUCCCACAUCUCGUUCCUUUGGCCGGGCCUUGCCAAACCCGUCUCGAUCGAGUACCCAAAGGAGCUCCCGUUGUUCGACGGGUGCGUGCCGGAGGAGGUUAACCGCUUCGUGUCCCUCCAGACGGACCACUUUGACCGCCGGUCUGGAGACAUUCACAACACGUCCGAAGAGCGGCACGAGUGCUUGAGGUGGCUCGACCAGCACGAGCCCAAGUCGGUCGUGUACAUCUCGUUUGGCACCACGGUUUCCCUAACCGACGAGCAGUUGGGGGAGAUUGCGGUUGGGCUCGAGAGGAGCGGGGCGAAAUUCCUGUGGGUCGUCAGGGACGCCGACACGUGCGACGUGUUCGGCGGGUCGGGACGAAGGCCCAGCCCACCAGAGGGUUUCGAGGAGAGGGUUGAGGGGAGGGGGAUGGUGAUGAGGGGGUGGGCCCCGCAGCCUCGGAUACUGGCCCACGAAGCGGUGGGCGGGUUCGUGAGCCACUGCGGGUGGAACUCGUGCGUCGAGAGCUUCGUGGCGGGAGUGCCCGUGGCUGCGUGGCCCAUGCAUUCGGACCAGCCUGCAAACACGGCACUGUUGGUGAGGGUUUUGGGGAUGGGGAUUAUGGUCACGGAGUGGGCCGGACAGGCCACGCUGGUACGGGCCGGGGAUGUGGAGGAUGCAGUGAGGAGGUUGAUGGGGCCCGGGGAAGGGGAGAGGGUGCGGAGGAGAGCGGAGGAGGUCGGGAAGAUUGUUCGGGAAACGGUGAAGAAGGGCGGGUCGUCGAGGCUCGAGAUGGACUCUUUUAUUGCUCAUAUCAGCAGACAAGUAGAAGAAGGGAAUAGUUAA